AUGGUUGUAGCCCGGCUCCUCGCCCUCCUCCUUCCCCUCGCCCGAGCGGAAGAAAUCUACCUGGCGAGGAUCCCCAACGGCAAACCGCUGGCGGACGCGGUCCAUGCAGAACUCGGCUACUCGCGAGACUCCGUCGGCCACGCAAAGUCGGGCAGGGGGGGGGUCGGUAACCAAAACAAGUUCGCAGAAGACUUCGCGCGAGAGGUCUAUGCCGAUCGCACUUGGACGCGCUGGCUCUGCGAGAGGGACUCGGACGGAGACAACCGGACCAACGGGCUUGAGCUCGGGGAUCCAUGCUGUGUUUGGAAACAGGGCGACCCGGAUCCAGAGGUCGACGACCUCUCUCUGCCCGGCCAUGCGGACCAAGCCACGUCGCGCACAAUGCCCACGUGCGCGCCGCCGUCAGCCGCCCCGCCCUGGCCUCCCCGGCCGCCCGUGGACGAGCCUCCGCUCGGCCGGCGGGAGCGGCUCAUCCUCGGGCACGCGGUGCUCAUGGCGGUGGCGUGGGCCCUCCUCCUCCCGACGGGCGCCGUGGCGUCGGUGUCGUGGCGCCGCGCGCUCGGCGGCGGGCGCCGCUGGCUCAAGGCUCACAUCGCGGCGCAGGUGUGCGGACUGGCGGCCUCGCUCGCGGGGCUUGCGGUGGGCGUGUACGUCGUGGGCGACCGGGGUCUAUCGACCCAUUUCCGGCCAAACGAGUGGGAGGGCGGCUUCGCGGGCUCGCACCGCGGCCUCGGCCUCGCGCUCUGCGUGCUGCUCGCGCUGCAGCCGGUGGCGGGGCUGCUGCGCCCGGCCGCCCCUCUGGCGGGGGAACGGCGCUCCGGCGCGCGGCGCGCGUGGGAGGCUGCGCACAAGGCGGGCGGCUACUGCCUCCUCGCCCUCGGUGCGGUGCAGGCCGUCUCCGGCCACGCCCUCCUCGCCGACUGGGUCGACGACGCAGGCGACCUCCGGUUCGGAGGCCUGCCCGGCCUGCGGACGGCAGACCACACCCUGCUCCUCUACUUUGCCCUCCUCUCCGCCCCCCUCAUCCUCCUCCUCGCCGGCCUCGUCCUCUCCGCCCGCGUGGCCGCCGUCGCGCCGCCCGACAAGAGCGCACAACCAGAGCCGAGCCAGCCGGCAGGGCAGCGCAUGUGA